CCGCAUCGUCGCAUCCCAUCGCACGACGAGGGAGGGAAACUAGGAGCGAACCAAGGGAAGGGAAGAGAAGAUGAUCGCGUUGUGGGUUGCUGCCUGCAGCCUGCUGUCGUGGUGUUCGUCGCUCUCGGGAGUCGAAGGAAUUGGAGUCAACUAUGGCAUGAUGGGCAGCAACCUCCCGUCCCCGGACAAGGUGGUGGCGCUGUACAAAGCCAACAACAUCACCGACGUCCGCAUCUUCCACCCGGACACCAACGUCCUCGAGGCCCUCCGCGGCUCAGGCCUCGGCGUCGUCCUCGGCACGCUCAACAGCGACCUCGCCCCGCUCGCCUCCGACGCCUCGUACGCCGCGUCAUGGGUGCAGUCCUACGUGCAGCCCUUCGCCGGCGCCGUGAGCUUCCGCUACAUCAACGCCGGGAACGAGGUCAUACCGGGGGAGUCCGCCGGUCUGGUGCUCCCCGCCAUGCAGAACCUCGAGGCCGCGCUCCGGGCCGCGGGGCUCAGUGUGCCGGUAACGACGGCCAUGGCGACGUCGGUGCUCGGGACCUCGUACCCGCCGUCGCAGGGCGCGUUCUCGGAGGCGGCGCUGCCGACGGUCGGGCCGAUCGUCUCCUUCCUGGCGUCGAGGGGCACGCCGCUGCUCGUGAACGUGUACCCGUACUUCGCCUACUCGGCGGAGCCGUCCUCGGUGCCGCUCGACUACGCGCUCCUGUCGUCGUCGGCCGCGGUGGCGGUGACCGACAACGGGGUUGAGUAUGCCAACAUGUUCGAUGCCAUCCUGGACGCGGUGUACGCGGCCGUGGAGAAGGCCGGGGGCGGGGAGAGCAUGGCGCUGGUGGUGUCGGAGACCGGGUGGCCAUCGGGCGGCGGCGGGUACGGCGCCAGCGUGGAGAACGCGGCGGCGUACAUCAACAACCUGGUCCGGCACGUGGGGCGCGGCACGCCGCGGCGGCCCGGGAAGGCCGUGGAGACGUAUAUCUUCGCCAUGUUCAACGAGAACCAGAAGCCCGAGGGCGUGGAGCAGUACUUCGGGAUGUUCCAGCCGGACAUGAGCCAGGUCUACCACGUCGACUUCUCGGCUUCGUCCUAAGAAGACGCCUGGCUGCUGCAUGGACCACGCAUGUGCAUCGAUCAUCCAUUAGUUAGGAAAAAUUAUAGGGUAGGACCGAUUCUGUUUAUUUGAGCUUCUGGAUCUCUCAUUAUCCCUCGAGAAGUAGAACUUAUGAGUUAUGAUGUGACAUGGAUAUUUAUGCUGCAAUAUGGUUAUACAGUAUA